CACACACACACACACGCACACACGCUGUCACACGCUCUCUCUCUCACACACCGGAGCACAGACAGCUGCUACACCGUCCAACAACCAUGGCUGUGGGGAACUCUGCCUCUCUGCUCCUCGGUCUCCUGGUCCUCGUUCACACCUGGGGAGCCUGGGCCGCGGUGGACGUGAACAUGGAGGACAGAGUGGAGGUGUUCAGGGGAGACACUGCCCAGAUCGCCUGCAUGUUUACAUCAGUCGAUGGCAUCGGUGGCGUGACCAUAAUGUGGUUCUAUAUGCUACAAAAGGGUGAGAGGCAGCAAAUCUACUUCCAGGACUCCACCAUGAAGAUCACAAAGCAAGGCACACCGUACUCAGACCGGAUCAGUGUGAACGGAACCGGAGCCAACGGAGUAGUGGUGCUGACGAUCAAUGACGUGCAGCUGCGGGACGAAGUGGAAUUUAUCUGUCUCAUCAAAAGUCUGACAGAUGGGACAGGGGAGGGGCGGACAAAGCUAAGGGUGUUUGCGACACCAGACCUUCCAACGAUCGAGGCCGUUGAAACAGCGUUCUCAGUCCAUGACCUCAAGCCAGCCAAGAUCGGAGUCUGUGAGGUGACCAAUGGUUAUCCGAAGCCAAACAUCACGUGGUACAGAGAGAACACGCCGCUGCGUAAUGAUCAUGGCGUGUCGGUGGUGAGUGUAAUCACCUCCGAAUACUCGGGUUUGUUCUCGGUGAAGAGCGAAGUGAGAAUGAUGGUCACGAAGGAGGACAAAGACGCCAAGUUCUACUGCGAGGUCAACUACUUUGUUCCCGGAGGAACACGGAUGACGGAGACAAACCGUAUUAACAUCACUGUGUACUACCCCUCCACUGCUGUAAAGGUGUGGGUGGAGUCACCGAAAGGCAAAAUCAAGGAAGGGGACUCGAUUGAGUUGCAAUGCCACGGCGACGGGAAUUCUCCAUCCUCUGUCUUAACAAUCACUCACGAUGGUGGCCUUGAGGAGACUUUGGAUGACAAUAGGUUGGUGCUGAGUAACGUGACUCGUCUGAACAGUGGAGUUUACCACUGCAACUCUCUGGACUUGGAAUCCGAUAAGGAGAUCACAGGAAAUACCACCGUUUUUGUCAACUAUCUAGACCCUGCUGUGGUGAUUCCUCAUGACACUGUCGUGAUUCAAGGAGAGGAGCUGGUGGCCACCUGCAAUGCCCUCUCUUCUCCCCUGACGCACACAGUGGUGUGGUUUAAGGAUGGGCGGGAGAUAUCUAGGGGUCACACUUUGAAGCUGAAGGACACUACAUUCAGCACAGCAGGGACGUAUGUGUGUGUGGUGACUGUUGCUGAGAUUGAGGGAAUGGAGACCAGUGGCACACUACGUGUCACAGUCAAAGGACAACCAAAGAUCAUCAGGCCUGAUAACACAGACAUAGAGGAGAGUUUUGAGAAGUCAGUCAACCUGAACUGCAUGGUCAGAGGUUUCCCUGUUCCCAGCAUCACCUGGACCACAUCUGAUGGACAGGUCCUCAAGACAGUGUCCCAAGAGGAGACUGAGGACAGUGUCAAGAGUGUGGUCAGUGUCAAGGUCAUGUCCGACAUCACUGCUGUGUGCAAUGCCUCCAAUGAAUACGGCACGGAAACGCUGACCUUCAGCAUCAAAGCCACUAUACUCACCACCACACAGGCCUCCACCACUGCUAGUACUAUUUCCUCCAACACAGCAGAAGUACCAAAGAAACUCAAGAAAGAGGGCAGUGGCGUUAUCAUUGCGGUCAUCAUCAUCUGCAUCCUGCUGCUGGCCAUCCUGGGGAGUGUGCUCUACUUCCUUUAUAAGAAGGGCAAGAUCUGCGGCCGAUCUGGCAAACAAGACCUCUCCAAAGAGAAGUCCAGCAAAGACAACAUUGUGGUGGAGAUGAAAAGCGACAACACGGAGGAGGCGAUUCUCCUCGGGGUCAACGGAGAAAAACAACCUCCCAGUGACCAGUGAAGGGUGGUAAGUACCUGGAUGUGCAGAGGUGAGGACGUGACUUCAGACGCACCGAGUGCUGCCCCUGUUCUUCCCUCUCAGGCUCAUACCCGCCGAUGCCUUCAAGCUUCCACCGGAACUCUUUUCCUCCACCUAUGUCAUGGAAAAUGCUCCGUCAAUGUCCUGACGGAACAAAAGAGGCGCCAGUUAAACAAGCUGCGACCUUUGCUCACUGUCCUUUCACUUCGCGCCACAUUUCUCUUGAAAUGCACCCAGAGCUUUAACGACACAGGCCCCCGCUAAUAAAUCUUCCGACUCGUUAAAACCGACCGACCUUAAACUGUGUGAGCCUCGUACAAUGCUGAUCGACUGUAGAACAAACAUUAGAGCACAACUGUUUUUUUAUACCUGACUGAGCAUCAUCACCUCACUUGGUGACCACAAGCAGCCUGAAGCCGCUCUUUAUCAAAAGUGUACAUAUUAUAUAAUCUGUGUAUAUAUAUUUCUUUAUUUAAAAUAAGAAAAUAAAAACAAAACAGAAAAACCGCCACAGAUAAAUGAGCAGAUAGUGUUUUAUUUUGUUCUGGUAUUUUUUAUAGAGAGCAGGGAGAGCUUAGGUAGUUUUAGUCAUUGUGUUGUAUUUUUUCUUUCUGCUAAAGUCUCCACACUGAAGUUUUGGGGACACAACAAUGUUCCCCUCAUACGCCACAUCCAGCCUUGCCCAAGGUUUUGCCUUUUAGCUCUGAAAACAAUCCUUAUAUUUGUUUUUGUGCUCUAAAGCGUAUACUCGGGUUUUUCCACGCCUCCAGUUUGUGCAUAUUAAAGAAAAAAAGGUGAAUUGUCUGUUUAGGAUUUGCCUUAGAAGGGCUAACAUUUAUUUGUUACUUUGUUGUUGUUUUUUUCCUUCACAAUCUAGUUUUGAUAUCUUCUGUGUGUGUUUUGAGUUCAAGCUUUGCCAACAGUCAAAUAAAAAAAAGAGUUGUAGAUGCCUUAGAAAUGACAGUUGUGUAGAAACUCUACAUUUUUGUACUUGGGUCAUAUUUAAUGUUCCGUGCACUGAUUUCCUUUGUUAUUAUCCGACAUGCAGUUGUGUUUCUUUAAUGUGAAAGGGUUGUUUUGUGUAGUGUGACUGUAUGUGAACGGAAAGUAUUACUGCAGUGAUGAGAGCAGGACAGAUUUGGUCCAUGGUGAAUAUGUUUCAUUGCAUGAAGUUGACCUGUUUCUGUUGAAUGAAUUUCCUUGUGUUGACUGAAACUUGAAAUAAUCUGUUGGAUCAAAGAGAGAGAGAGACAGACAGAGCGUCACCCUCAGGCCUUACAUCAACUCUACUCUCAUUUAAAUGUAACGUCGUGUCACCUUAACAUAUACGACUACUGAGGAGUGGAGAAUAAUGUGACUUAAAAUAUGCAAAUCAAGUCGGACAACAAUAAACAAUCAACAUGCUGCGUGCAGCUACUCAGACUCAGCCCGUUCUCCGUCUGUCAGUUUUCUGUUCCUGCUGUUUUCAUGAACUUACCACUAUUUAAAUUUUGUUGUUUGAGAUCUGUUAAAAAUGCAGUUUUAAUACCAUGGAGUUUUAAUUCUUGUCAGUGAUGGCAAUCAAACCCAUUUUACCAACAAAGUCAUUGUUUGUAGUUUUGAAAAGUAUACCAAAUAAAGAUUGAAUGUUAAAUGAAAA